CAAUCUUGCGUGAUGAAAACUAACACCACAUAGCUACUGACCAAGACCAAAGACUUGAUAACUAAGAAUGUGGAAAACUGUAUGCAUGUCAGAGGAUGGUGCUUACCCAGGAGACUUCGUGCUUCAGAAUGUAAACUGCCCUCGUGUGAAGCUGGGGCAAGAAUUCCCCAGAGUAGCUUUCCGAGGUCACAUCCGCUCUCUUCCAAAACUGAUGGAGAUAACAAGUUCCUCCCGUGCAAGUCAUGGCAACCAUAAAGAAAACAGUCCUUUCCUGAACAGUGCAGAAGCGGGCAAGGGAGGUGAUUACUAUGACAGAAAUCUGGCCUUGUUUGAGGAAGAACUUGAUAUACGACCAAAAGUGUCAUCUCUCCUUGGCAAGUUGGUCAAUUACACAAAUCUUACCCAAGGUGUUAAGGAACAUGAAGAAGCAGAAAGUACUGAUGGAUCGAAGAAGAAAGUAUCAAAAUCACCCAGCAUGGGCACCCUGAUGGGGGUGUAUUUACCAUGCAUGCAGAAUAUCUUUGGGGUUAUUCUCUUCCUUCGGCUGACUUGGAUGGUGGGAAUGGCUGGAGUCCUUCAGUCUUUCCUGAUUGUAUUGCUUUGCUGCUGCUGUACUAUGUUGACAACCAUAUCAAUGAGUGCUAUUGCCACAAAUGGUGUUGUUCCAGCUGGUGGCUCCUAUUUCAUGAUAUCUAGAUCAUUGGGGCCAGAGUUUGGUGGAGCUGUAGGGCUGUGCUUCUAUUUGGGAACAACAUUUGCAGGAGCAAUGUAUAUCCUUGGUGCCAUUGAGAUUUUAUUGACAUAUAUUGUGCCACAAGCAGCAAUUUUUCAUCCAUCCAGUGCCCACGAUGCUUCCAAUGCCAUGCUAAAUAACAUGAGGGUGUAUGGCACUGUAUUCCUCAUCUUAAUGGCAGUGGUGGUCUUUGUAGGUGUCAAAUAUGUAAACAAAUUUGCUUCCCUCUUCUUGGCCUGCGUAGUAAUAUCCAUACUGUCCAUUUACGCUGGAGCUAUCAAGUCCAUCUUCGAUCCACCUGAAUUUCCGAUUUGCAUGUUGGGCAACAGGACUUUGUCAAGAGAUCACUUUGAUGUUUGUGCCAAAACCAUAGUUAAGGAUAACAUAACUGUGGCCUCUAAGCUUUGGGAGCUUUUCUGCCACACUACAAACUUAACCGAAGAACACUGCGAUGAAUAUUUCCUAAUGAAUAAUGUCUCUGAGAUAGCAGGAAUUCCGGGAGCUGCUAGUGGCAUUUUAAUAGACAACUUAUGGAGCAAUUAUUUGGAGAAAGGAGAGAUCCUGGAGAAAGCACAUCACCCAUCUGUUGAUGUAGCAGGCCAGAAAAACAACCUGCACCUGUACGUGCUUUCAGAUAUUGCUACUUCCUUCAUGGUGCUGGUUGGCAUCUUCUUCCCUUCGGUGACUGGUAUCAUGGCUGGUUCAAACAGAUCAGGGGACCUCAAAGAUGCACAGAAAUCCAUUCCUGUUGGAACAAUUCUUGCCAUUGUCACCACAUCACUAGUCUACUUCAGUUGUGUAUUAUUAUUUGGAGCCUGCAUAGAAGGUGUUGUCCUGAGAGAUAAGUAUGGUGAUGCGGUGAACAAGAACUUGGUGGUGGGUACCCUGUCAUGGCCCUCACCGUGGGUCAUUGUGAUAGGAUCCUUCUUCUCCACCUGUGGGGCAGGUCUGCAGAGCCUCACUGGAGCCCCCCGGCUGCUGCAAGCCAUAGCCAAGGACAACAUCAUCCCUUUCCUGUGGAUCUUUGGUCAUGGAAAAGCGAAUGGUGAACCGACAUGGGCUCUUCUGUUAACAGCAUUGAUUGCUGAGCUGGGAAUCCUGAUUGCUUCACUUGACAUGGUGGCUCCAAUUCUCUCAAUGUUUUUCUUGAUGUGUUACCUCUUUGUUAAUCUGGCAUGUGCAGUACAGACACUUCUGCGAACUCCAAACUGGCGGCCUCGCUUCAAAUACUAUCACUGGGCCCUCUCAUUUUUAGGCAUGAGUAUUUGCCUGGCACUGAUGUUCAUUUCUUCUUGGUAUUAUGCUUUGGUAGCAAUGCUUAUUGCAGGCAUGAUUUACAAGUACAUUGAAUACCAAGGUGCGGAGAAGGAGUGGGGUGAUGGUAUCCGGGGCCUUUCGCUCAGCGCGGCAAGAUAUGCCUUACUCAGACUGGAGGAGGGCCCUCCACACACAAAGAACUGGAGGCCUCAGUUGCUGGUGCUUCUGAAACUUGAUGAAGAUUUGCAUGUAAAAUACCCUAGAUUGUUAACAUUUGCAUCCCAGUUGAAAGCUGGUAAAGGUUUGACUAUCAUAGGAUCAGUGAUCCAAGGGAAUUUCUUGGAAACUUAUGGAGAAGCCCAGGCUGCUGAACAGACUAUUAAGAAUAUGAUGGAAAUUGAGAAGGUUAAGGGAUUUUGUCAAGUAGUUGUAGCCAAUAAAGUUCGAGAAGGAAUUGCUCACUUAAUCCAGUCCUGUGGACUAGGUGGCAUGAAGCAUAACACUGUGGUGUUGGGAUGGCCCUAUGGCUGGAGACAAAGUGAAGAUCCAAGGUCUUGGAAGACAUUUAUAGGUACUGUUCGCUGCACAACUGCAGCCCACCUGGCUCUGCUGGUUCCCAAAAAUGUGUCUUUCUACCCCAGCAACCAUGAGCGUUACAACGAAGGCAAUAUUGAUGUGUGGUGGAUUGUGCAUGAUGGAGGCAUGUUGAUGUUGCUUCCUUUUCUUCUCAAACAGCACAAAGUUUGGAGAAAAUGCAAAAUGAGAAUUUUUACUGUAGCUCAGAUGGAUGAUAACAGCAUCCAGAUGAAGAAGGAUUUGGCUACUUUCCUCUAUCAACUCCGAAUAGAGGCAGAGGUAGAAGUGGUAGAAAUGCACAAUAGUGAUAUCUCAGCAUAUACUUAUGAGAGAACUCUUAUGAUGGAGCAGAGAUCUCAGAUGCUGAGGCAAAUGAGGCUGACGAAAACUGAGAGAGAAAGGGAGGCUCAGCUAGUAAAGGACAGACAUUCAAUAGCACGUCUGGAGAGCCUCUACUCAGAUGAAGAAGAUGAGGGGGACCCGGUUCCUGAGAAUAUCCAGAUGACCUGGACAAAAGAGAAAUGUGAUGCUGAGAAGCGGAACCGAGGCAGUGCUGUGGGAAGCUUUAGAGAUCUCAUCAGCAUUAAGCCAGAGUGGGAAAACUUGAACCAGUCUAAUGUCCGAAGGAUGCACACAGCAGUGAAGCUAAAUGAAGUUAUUGUAAAUAGAUCUCAUGAUGCCAGACUUGUGCUCCUCAACAUGCCCGGUCCUCCAAAGAAUACUGAUGGGGAUGAAAACUACAUGGAGUUUCUAGAAGUCUUGACUGAGGGUCUGGAGAGGGUAUUACUUGUUAGAGGCGGCGGCCGAGAAGUCAUCACCAUUUACUCCUGAUUUAGAAGCUUUAACACUGGUCUACAUUUACCUUCUUGGUGACAUUCCAGUUUUAAAUGGAGAAGAAAAAAGGUUUUUGCCUAACUUUCUCCUCAUCCAGUCCUACUCAUUGUCUUUCCAUUUGCAACAUACAUAUCUUUUGGGAUUGCAGUAUUUGUUACACCAUCCAAUUAGCAACAUAAAUUAAUUGUGAAGCUGCCACAUUAUUCAGUUUCUGCUUUGGGACUCCAGCAUUUGUGCAUGUAGUUUUAACACUAAACCGAAUUUUAGUCAGCACUGUUAUGUGCAGUAUUUUUAGUAACUGUAUGUAAAGGUAGGACAUAAAAGCCAGUUACUGUAAAAAGAUUUAAAAAGCUUUUUCUAUUAGGAUUGGGGAAUAGAAGUACAUUAUAUAGCAGCUACUUUCUGCUGAAGUUCAGCUAUAAAGCAUUUUCUAAGAGCACACUAAACUGUAAGAGAGGACUGAAAAGCUUUCUUUUUCUGGAUUUAUUUCCAGAAUUAAACUCUCAGUAUUGGAUAAGAAUUUAUACUUUUAAUACACUUAUUGAUAGAGAUUUAAAUAAAUUAUGUUAAUAUAGUUGAAAUUAUGUAUGUAGCUUACUAUAGGUUGUGUUGCUUCUGAGACUUCAGGUUCUGUGAGGCCAGAUCCCUAUUUAUUUUUGUAUUUAUUUGUCAGAAAUAUUGGAUAUGCAGAUGCAGACUGUUUAGAAGAACAGAGAUCUCACAAUAAAUUCUGAAUCAUCAGUGGAUUGCAGGACCAGUCCUGGGCAGUUCUUUCAUGCUUUAAAUUUCUUGCAGACCAUCCAUCAAAGUACACUGAGCAUGUUAGUGUCCUGUGUGUAGAGACAGGUGCUAUGCUGCACGCACAGCGAGGGGAUGGCACUUGCACAAGUACAGGGGACCUGCUGCUUCAUUUUGUGCUUUAUGCCCUUAGAGGGAGAAGAAGAAAAGAAGACCUGUAUUAACCAAUAAGUCUCUCAAGAUUUUAUUAAGCCCAUUAAGUUGUACUUUAUGUACAGAACAUUCGUAUUUUUUCAAUAAAAUGUUGCAUACACUUUGAACCUA